CUCUCUACCAAAACCUCAACUUUCUCAAACACAUUGUUUCGGGUUAAACAACGUGUUAAAACACCAUUAACAUGUAUCUCCAUUAAUAAAGAAGCAGCCUCUGAUGGAUUACUACAAACUGAGUGUGAAGAUGCGCCAAUGGUGACGCUUGAUUCAAUGCAACGAGCAAAUUCCACUUUAGAAGAUUUUUGCAAAUCUUACUUUAUGUUUCAUGAAAUGGAUGCUAACUGUGCUGAAUCUAUAUUCAAAUACCUACCAUUGCUUUCCUUCACAGAAAGUUACAUUUAUCAGUUGGACUCCCGAAACGAGAAACUUAUGCAGUCUCCAUCUGGUGGAACUUCAGAUUUCUUAGUUAGAAAACUUUUUGUUCUUCUAGAGAGCUGUGGGCUAUUGACAGACAGGAUAAGAAAUGAGUUAAAGAGUGGGAAAGAAUAUUUUGCUCUUGAAAGAAAGCUAUGUUGUGCAUUAACAAGCAAACAAGAGAUUCGAUUAGAGGACGUAAUGAAAGCCAAUUACUUAAGAUCCACUGACUAUCGGGUGCUGAAUCUACUCUUGUACCAGUUAAAUGGCAAAGAGGUCAAUGAGACUCAUAUGGAAUUCCUGUCCGCAUCCGAGUUCCUUGGUGAAAUAUCCGAUGACUUGUUUGACUAUGAGGCAAGAUUAAUUACAGAGGCGCAGGAGAAGUACAAGCACUUGCUAAGCAUUUUGGAUCCUCAGCUUGCUCUUAAAUAUCAAAACGGGCGUGAAGAGGCCGCCAGACAAAGUGGGAAGGAACUUGCUUCUCGUCUCGGGAAAUGGAGCAUGCCACCGGCUAUCGAAGAUGAAGAUCUGUAUAGAUACGAGAUCUCAAACACUAGGUUCAUAUCAAAGUGAAACAUUACGAGGGAGAAAUGGGCACUCAGGAGUAGUACAGUUGCUCUAACCAACCUACACCUGCUGUUGCCCCGUCCGCCAUGAAACUACAUACUCCAUCGAGGGUUAAACUAUUAUCAUGUAUGUGUGUAAUAACUGGAAAACUGAUAAUCCUAAAAUAAUUAAUAAUGUUUGACAAUCGUACAUUGUUGUCGCAUGCUAUACAUUGCAUUUAUGUUCA